AGUACGUCAGUUGUUAUCCGCUCCGGGCGCCGCUGCCGCCGCCACCGUCGCCUCACGAGCCCAGGCUCCUCAGCUCCGGUCCGCGCCCCGCCCGCCCGCUCGCUGGGCCUCUGCCCAGCCUUUGCCCGCCGCCAGUCGCCCAUGGGGCGUGCCCGCGGGUCCGCGGCCGAGAGCCGCUGAGCGCUGGCCGUCACGCUGAUGUGCGCGGCCGCUCGCGCCCGGGAGCCCAGGCCGCGCCGGGCCCGGGGCUGAGGCCACCCUCGCGGCAUGUCCGGCCCGGCCCGCCGCCCGCCGCCGCCCAGGGCCCGAGUCCGCGCGGUCCGCACCGAGCCCGGCGGUGCCGCGUAGCACAGCGGCAGCGGAGCGGGAGCCCGACGGCACGGCCGCAAGGUCACCGCGCGCCAUGGAGGCCAAGGUCCGUCAGAGCCGGCGCUCACGCGCGCAGCGGGACCGCGGCCGGCGCCGGGAGGCGGCCCGCGAAGCCCGCGACCAGAGCGCGUCGUCGGGUGACGAGCCAGAGCCCGGGCCGGGCAAGGAGAACACGGGCCUGCCCCGCGCGCCCCCACCCCGCGCCGCCGCCGCGCGCCCCCCGCGCCGCCGCCGUCGUGAGUCCAGCUCGCAGGAGGAAGAGGUCAUCGACGGCUUCGCCAUCGCCAGCUUCAGCACGCUAGAGGCCUUGGAGAAGGAUAUGGCCCUGAAGCCACAUGAGCGGAAGGAGAAGUGGGAACGUCGCCUUGUCAAGAAACCCCGCGAGUCAGAAAACUGCCCAACUGCAGAGCCGAGUGAGAACGGGCGGCCCCUGGAGGCAGGCAGCUCUGAGCAGGACCUGGAGCCCACCUGUGACCGAGGGAAGAAGAAGGUCCCAUUGCAGCCCACCAAGCAGAUGAAGGUCGCGGUGUCCAGAGGGGGCGACCACAACAGUGACGGCGACAGCUUCCGAGAAGCCAGCAGCUCCCGGAGGAGCAGUUCCCGGGACCAGCUCAGUGACAGCUCGGCGCAGGCGGUCUCAGGCAGAGGUUACUCCUGCGACAGCGAGAGCGACGGGGAUGAUAAGGGCCCAGCCCUCCUGCAGGAGCAACGACCCUGGGAGUGGAGACCGGGGGCGUUGGCAGGGACAGAGCCAGGCCACAGCCCCGAACAGCAGCCUGACCAUGCACGCAAGAGCAAGCGCGCACUUCUGCACAUGGCCGUCGACCCUGGGCAGGCAUCUGUGGGCUCUGAGAAGCUUUUUGCCCCAGCAGCAGAUAAAGGGCCCACGUUGGGCGAGAAGUCCGAGGCCAAGGCCGGGGCAGCACCCAAGGUCUCCGGUCUGGAGCGCAGCCGCGAGCUGAGCACCGAGCCGCCCUUCCUACCCCCUGUGCGCAGCCCUGUGCCCGCCCUGCCCUCCGGUGCCCCGGCCAGCCCGCUGGUUAAGAAGGAAGCCCCGGCCCUGCCCCGCCUCGCCCCACAGCCGCCUCCUGCGCCCCCACAGCCCCGGGCCCCGCUCCCGACGCACGUGCCUCUACCCCCGGGCGCCUUCCCCGGCCACGGCCACGGCCACGGCCCAGCAGCGCACAACGGCCUGCACAGCCUCAGCAGGAGCAGCAGCGCCAGCAGCGGCGCCAGCCUGGGGCUCGCGAAGCACGCGUCCCUGUCGCCUCACGGGCCGGGCCCCCACCUCUCUACCUCACACUUGGCGCUCCGCUCGCAGGCCCAGCACCAGCACCACGCGGCGGCCAUGUUCGCCGCGCCCCCGACACUGCCCCCGCCCCCGGCGCUGCCGGCCAACAGCCUGGUCAUCCCAGGACACCCCGCCGAUGCCAGCCUGUUGAUCUCAUUCAGCCAGCCAAUCAUGUAUUGCCAGCCUCAUUCGGGGAUUCUGAUUGGUACUUGGUCACAGGCACCUCUCUUACCUCCACCCUGGGGCCCGCACGUAGCGAGCGGCCACCACGGCUUGGCCUGCCGAAACCGGGAGUGCCAGGUGACUAUCCGCCUCGCCCCGCCGGGAGCCCGCGGCCGACGUGCCUCUCUGUCUCUCUCUUUUUCUCUUGUAGAUCACGAGCUGCUCAGGCAAGAGCUGAACGCGCGUUUUCUGGUCCAGAGCGCCCCCCUGGGCCCGGGAGCUCUGCUGCGGGCGGAGUUCCACCAGCACCAACACACACACCAGCACACACACCAGCACCAACACACAUUCGCCCCCUUCCCUGCCGGGCCACCCCCGACGCCGCUCCUGCCGCCCGCCGCACCCCCGCCGUUUGACAAGUUCACACCCAAGCUGGACAGCCCCUACUUCCGACAUUCCAACUUUUUCCCGCCCUUCCCUCCGGCCGUCCCAGGACUGCCCGCCCCGCUCCCACACCCAGGUCCCUUUGGAUCCCUGCAGGGUGCUUUUCAGCCCAAGACUUCAAACCCACUCGAGGUAACGGGCCGGGCCAGCGCUGUUCACACCCUCCUGCAGAAAGCCCCAGGGGUGUCCGACACGUACCGGACAACAGUCAGGAAGCCCGGGAAGUGGUGUGCAGUACACGUGCAAAUUGCCUGGCAGAUAUUCCACCAUCAGCAGAAGAUCAAGAUGCAGCUGGACCCCCACAAGCUGGACGUGGGCACCAAGCUGGACUUGUUCAGCAGACCCCCUGCCCCAGGCAUAUUCGCUGGCUUCCACUACCCGCAGGACCUGGCCCGGCCCCUCUUCUCCAGCUCGGGUGCCGCCCAUCCCACUACCAACCCGUUUGGACCCUCAGCCCAUCCUGGCAGCUUCCUGCCCACUGGUCACUUGACAGACCCCUUCAGCAGAUCAAGCACCUUCGGGGGCCUGGGGAGCUUGGGCAGCAACGCCUUUGGAGGCCUGGGCAGCCAUGCGCUGACUCCCACAGGCGGUAUCUUUGCCCCCAAGGAGGGCCCCACGCUGCACGGGCUGACCAGCCCCCAUGAGGCCUGGAACCGGCUGCACCGGGCGCCUCCCUCCUUCCCCACGCCACCCCCGUGGCCCAAGCCCAUAGACACGGAGCGGGUCUCAGCCCUGACCAACCACGACCGAGAGCCGGACAAGGGCAAGGAGGAGCGGGAGCGGGACCUCCUGGAGAAGACGCGCCUGCUGAGCCGGGCCUCGCCCGCAGCCCCCUUAGGCCACCCGGGCGGCAGCCUCCUGCUCCGCGGCCAGGGCGAACCGGGCCGGCCCGGAGUCCCCGCCGAGCGCGAGGCCGAGCCCCGCGUCAAGGAGAGCCGCUCCCCAGCCAAGGAGGAGGGCGCCAAGCUGGCCGUGCGCCCGCCAUCUCCUCUCAGCAAGGCGGCCCUGGGGGACAGUCUGCGCCUGGCUGGCCUCCUGGGGAAGCCGCCCGAGGCGCCGGCCGAGCGGCCCCAGAGCGACGUGAAGGUCAAGGAGGAGCGCGGGGAGGACGGCGACGCGCCCCCACAGCUCGCUCCGGGCCCCGCGAGCCGCGAGCGCCUGGCCUUCGCGUGGGAGCCGCUGCGCGACGCAUACCGCGGCCUGGAGCCGCCCCGCCGCGGCCCGCCCGGCCCCGGCCCCGCCGCCCUCUUCGAGCCCCCCGAGCGCCCCUACCGCGACCGCGAGCCGCACGACUACAGCCCCGAGCGCCUGCGGGAAGCGCGCCGCGACGAGCUGGAGCGCGCGCGGCCCCCGCACCUGCCCGCCGGCCCUGCCCUGGACGGCGCGGCGCUUCUGCCCGCGCUGGGCGCCCUGCACUACCCGCGCCUCGCUCCCGCCGCCGCCGCGCUGCACAACGGGCUCCUGGCGAGGCCCCCGCCCGCCGCCGCCGCCGCCCUUGGCGCACCGCCCCCGCUGGUGGCCGCGGGCGGGCCCCCCACGCCUCCCGGGCCGCCGCGGAGCAGGACUACGCCGCUCGGGGCCCGCGCGCCCGGGGAGGCCCGCGACUACUCCCCGUCCCGCAACCCCCAGGAGGUGGAGGCGCGGUAGUCCCCGCGGGGCCGCGCCCGCCGCAUGUACAGAGGCCCCUCCACGAAAGCACUGCUGUCAACUUUUUUAACUGUACGUUGUUUCUAGAACCUAAGCACAGUUCCAUCGGUCCUGGGGUGACGCCCGCUCCUCCACCUGCAGCCUGCGGAGCCAGGGAUUUCAGACACGGUUUUGCCAGGAGUGAUCUUUCGCUUUCCAAGCUCGACAUUAAGCAAUUGGAGGAAAACUUCAAGUUUGUAUCUUUUUUCCCACAGGUGAUAAGCGUUUUUAACAGAUUUGUAUUUUUUUCAAUUUUGUGCUCUUUAGACGUUUAAAAGAAACAAAAAGACUUUUGCUUUUUUAUUUUUAGUUUGGAUUUGCAAUUUAAUGGCCUCAGAUCCCUCUCCAGAGCCCCAGGGGUUUUUUUUGUCUUAUUUAUGAAGAAAAAACAAAAAACAAAAAAACGGUCAUUUUGUCCAACGCACUGUGAGGCCCCCACUCAGGCCCGGCCCUGGCCCUCCCUUGGUACUUGGAACAGAAGUUACAGAUAUAUAUUAAGAUAAUUAAUAAUGUACAAAACUUUUUUUGCCUUAUUAUGCAGAAGUGUAAAAGGGUUUCUUUUUUGGUUUGUUUUUUUAAAAAAAAAACAAAUGAAACCGUGUACAUAGUCUGUUAAUAUAAAUAUAUGAUGUUAUUAAAUUCUUAACCUAGGUAGACUUUAUAAAAAUCGUUUCUAGAAAUUCCUCUGGUUAUUUGUUUAACACGGUCACAAAAAAAAAAAAAAUUCACUGGCUGUCAGUUGGAAACGCCCUCAGAUGGUUGACUGCAGCAGCAUCCUUCAACUAUGCAAGCGCUCGGGACGGCCCGGGCCUGGGGGACCACGGCGCGCUCCCUGGAGUGUCUGCCCUGGUGCUGUCUGUGCAGUGUUCACAGAAUCACACCAGACAAGACUGGGGAGGUGAGGAGUCCAAAGGCUGAUUACAAGGGGAAGAGUAGCUGUCUCCUCCGCGGAGCCACCGGCAGACAUGGUCUCAUGUUCUCCCACCGGCCAAGGCCUUGGCGUUACUUCCUUUGGGUUCUGGUUUGCUUUCAUGACCCCGUGAACGUCACUGUGCCCUGUCAUCAGUGUUCCCUGUUUCCUGACGUCCAUACCUGUGUCCUCAGCGUUUGAACCUCAGUUCACCCAUCUCUAGCCAUUUGCUUUGUUUGGUUCUGUAUUUUCAACCCCAUGUUUCCACUGUAGGCUCCGGUUAUUUUAAAUAUUUUCACAUCAACCAAUGAAGAUAAAUACAGCCUUGAUUUUGGAUGAAAA